GGUUUUCGGUACUUUUGAGUCCCUGGGAAGGGUUUUUCAUACUCUCUCUCUCUCACACCCUCUCCUUUUUCCUUACUAGUCGCAGUUGAAUCCGAAGCCAGGCCAGAAUCAAAUCAGCAAUGGCUGCCUUUGUCCCUCCCCCUGCCGCCGCAGCUCCACCUGCGGAUUCAAAGCCGGCGGCACCGGAAAAAGUCGAUUAUAUGAACCUGCCUUGCCCUAUUCCCUAUGAGGAAAUCCACCGCGAAGCUUUUAUGUCCUUGAAGCCAGAACUUUUCGAAGGCAUGCGGUUUGACUUUACAAAAGCACUUAAUCAGAGAUUUUCACUUAGUCAUAGUGUGUUCAUGGGACCCACAGAAAUUCCUUCUCAGUCGACAGAAACAAUAAAAAUUCCAACCUCUAAUUAUGAGUUUGGUGCAAACUUCAUAGAUCCGAAGUUGAUGCUUCUUGGGAGGUUGAUGACGGAUGGGAGGCUUAAUGCUAGGGUGAAGUGUGAUUUGUCUGAAAAUCUUUCUUUGAAGGCCAAUGCUCAACUCUCAAAUGAGCCACAUAUGUCCCAAGGGAUGGUCAAUUUUGACUACAAGGGAAAAGACUAUAGGUCUCAAUUUCAACUAGGGAAUGGUGGAUUGCUUGGAGCCAAUUACAUUCAGAGUGUGACUCAACAUUUAUCUCUGGGUGGUGAAGUAUUCUGGGCUGGACAGCAUCGCAAAUCAGGCAUUGGUUAUGCUGCUCGGUACAACACAGAUAAGAUGGUUGCCACAGGACAAGUUGCUAGCACUGGACUUGUUGCAUUAAACUAUGUUCAAAAAGUUUCCGAGAAGGUUUCUCUAGCAACAGAUUUUAUGUACAACUACAUUUCUGGAGAUGUCACAGCAAGUGUUGGUUAUGAUUAUAUUCUUCGGCAGUGUCGUCUGAGGGGGAAGAUUGAUUCCACCGGCUGUGUUGCUGCUUUCUUGGAAGAGCGAUUGAACAUGGGUGUGAAUUUUAUCCUCUCUGCAGAGGUUGAUCAUAAAAAGAAAGAUUACAAGUUUGGUUUUGGGCUUACAGUAGGAGAAUAGAAAUGUGAGGCUUUUAGAUGUUUCGUCAUUCAUCACCCAAAUACUUGAGCUGAAUGGUGGGAGUGAGUGUCUUUUGAUUGGUGAUUCUUUUUUUCCGUUUUUCAUUAGAAUCAAAGUGACAAGUUUUGUACUUUUCUAUUGAUUGACCCCCUGUUAAAGGCUCCAGCUGCGCAACAACUAGCACCAGUGUUGAUUUUGCAGUUUUGGAGAAAUUAGAUCCCAGUUUAUAGCGCUGUAGAAUCAAUCUUCUCUAUAAUUUAAAAGAAUGCCUAUUCUGGCUUCUAUACAUUUGUAUGCAACUGUGAAUUAAAAGCACAGGUUGCUGUUGAUGGUGGUGAACCAGAAAAGACUUGUGUGUGUGUUUGAAGAUAGGAUUCCGAUGUGACGUUGAUAACAUUUAAUAUUUCCUAGUAUUCGUAAGGU